AUAUCGUGAACGAAAUUUAGUUGCAUUUUCGCAUAUGUACAAGGCACAAGUGAAUAUUAAUUUAAUCGUAAUAAUUUUGGCGUGUAUUGAUAAAAAUAUGAGUGGUACAGUUGACUGGAAACCUUUAGAGCUCCAAUUCCAAAAGGUCCAUAAAUUGUUCAUCAAUCUGGAAGCCAAUGAAAAACGACUGUUCACCGAACACUUUAUUAAAGUGUACAAACAUGUCACUGAGUCUAUGGGUGGAAUCGAUGAGUUUUUCACGAAGGUUUUCAAACGACAACAAUUAGCCGGUAGCUACGCAGAUCGUAUUAAAGUCGGUCAACCAAAUGAAUAUGAUUCACUCAUGAUAUUGGAUUUUCCGGAUCCGAUUGUGGAGAAAUCAAGACCCGGUUUUGUUAAAAUUAACGUCAGGGAUGGAAUUAAAUUGAAAUGGUCAACAAUCGAGGAGAAGAAUUACAAGACGUUAAUAGACAAUGACGGGUACCUAUUGCAAGACAAAGUUUUGGGCUGGUUACGGAACUUAAUCUACGACGUUGUGAAAAACAGCAACAGCGUAUUUCGAAUCGGUAAAAGCGAGUACAGCGUAAAGCAUUCGUCGAAUGGUCCCGCCGUAACGUUAGACCUGACAAUUACAAAAUGUGAGCAUGGUACGACUGGUCACUUUUCCAUAGACUUUGUUGGAGCGUUGGCGUUUGAUUUCCAGAAAAAAUGGUUUGCUGACUUUACGCCACCGUUCCUUACAUCAAAAAACUGGAACGCAAUAGCGAAACCGAGUAAAACCGUCAAGAAACAAAAUCAAGAAUGGACUUGCAGCUAUGCUGAUAUUGAAAGAGAGUAUCUUCGUGAUACUCAGACGUUGAAGCAAUUGAUAAGGAUAUUUAAGAAAAUUCGGGACACGCAUAGUUUAACCAAUUUGAAGAGCUACUAUAUCAAAGUUAUAUUCCUUCAUCAACGAAAGAAACAAGACAAUGACUAUUGGAAAAAAUCGCUUGGCGUCUUAUUUUCGGAAAUGUUUGACAUUCUCUUGAAAACGUUAGAGCAAGGCAAAUUAAUGUCCUUUUGGCACAAAGAGUACAACAUGUUCGGCGAAUUAGAAAAAAGCCAAAUUACUGAUAUGUUCAAUAAAUUAAAGAAAAUCAAAGAUAAAAUUAACAAAAGCCUGGUCGACAAACAACCAGAGAACAUUCUUUCCGUAAUAUUAACCGAGAAAGAAUUGAAAAAACUUGAAGUGUCUUCAAAUGGAAAUACUUUAUCUGCUGCCACUACUUCAGCUUCAGAUGUUACUUGUAAAGUCAAUGAAGUUAAAAGUUGCACAGUUUCACAACAUUUGAAUAAAAAGACGAUGGCUAAAUUACAAAUUUCGUCCUAGACGGAGCUGUUGUCGUUUAAACCGCCUGUCCUAAUCAUUUAUCAAUCGUUGACAUACGUUACUUUCUUGAAAUUAUACAUCAAAUUGAUGAUUUUUUAAUCUUAUUAAUUUGUGUACUUUGCGGAUCAAAUAUAUUGAAGUCAAAU